CCAGUCCACCUCCUCAUUGCUUCCAAUAUGGAGGAAAAACAAGGAAAGCUAGUAAAUAAUGGAAAACAAGACAAAAGAAUUAGUUUUUCCUUCUUUAUGUCUUCUGUAAGUCUACUUCUUUUCCUGGUGAUGAUUGUGCGGAACGAAAUCAUCUUCAAAGAGUUUGCCUCACAGGAAGCUCGACUGAGCAGUUUACAACAAGACGUUGAUCGCUUGUCUGGACUCGUUGCAACAUUUUCUCUCCGAGAAAAGCACUCUGUUCCAGGUUCCCGACAWCGUCGGCAAAUCCAGAAAAAGAAUGCUUCACCGAUUACGAUAAAUGACGUGCAACAAGAAGUACGGAGACUGAUCAAUGUCUACAAAGGACCACAAGGGCCACCUGGAAGAAGAGGUCCUCGUGGAAAGCGAGGGAAAAUAGGAAAAAGAGGUUCUCCUGGGCCUAUUGGCCCUCCUGGCAAACAAGGCAAGCAAGGUAUGAUUGGAUUGCAGGGACCCAGAGGACUCAUGGGACCAAAAGGGGAUAAAGGAGACRAWGGUGAUCYGGGASYUAYUGGRSCUCCUGGYUUGUCAAUAUCAAAACCUUACGUCAYUGUCACGCCAUCAAAAUUAACAGUAAAUGUUGACCAAUCAGCUUCGUUUUUUUGUUCGGCAUCCGGAAACCCUAAGCCAAUAUUGUYAUGGAAACGAAACGGUAAAUCUAUUCCAUCCAGAUGGGAUAUGGACAAUAAUGGACGUCUCGUGAUAAAACAAGUUAAGUACRUGGAUACAGGUAGCAUGACUUGUGUAGCAAAGAAUAUUUUGGGAACAAAUCGUCGAGAAGUCUCCCUUGAGGUCCAAGGGUCACCGGUUUUUGUCAACGUUCCAAACUCCAAAAUAUCUGUGGCUCAAUACUGCGACGUCGUUAUGAAUUGCACAGCGGUCGGUUAUCCUAUUCCUGAGAUUACUUGGUCCAGGCCAUUCAACUCCUUACCKAGUCGUGCAAUAGUGCACAAAAAUGGGACAUUGGUUCUUAAAAAUUACAAKCCACUUGAUAGUGGCGCGUACAUUUGUAAAGGAAAUAGCACGUUUGGUGAAAUACAACAUGUAACACAUCUUUACAGCGACACAGAGUUUGAAUGCUGGCGAAUGAGUCGAGCCCCGUCUACUGGUUUAUACUGGAACCAUAACGGUCCCACUGAUUCAAUCAGUAUAGCCGUAGAUACAGAUGUUUACUUGGUUGGCUAUCGACUAUGGGGGGUACGCACAGGACGUGGUAGUCACACUGUCACCAUCACAGUCAGGAACAGUCAAGUACUUGCUUAUCAUUCAGGCACUUAUGUUACAACAGCAACACCGAAAACAUUUGAAGUUAGAUUUCGUUCACCGGUCAAACUGCUUAAAGGUGUGAAAUACUCGUUAUUGGCCUUACUCAAAGGUCCGAAUGUUCAUAGCGGAACUGGUGGACGCUCGUCUGUUGUUUGCGAUGGUGUAAAGGUCACCUUCAGUUCUUCUUCAUACGACGGCAAUGGUUCUAGUGUCAGUGGAGGACAAAUCCCAGCAUUAAUAUUUCAAAAAAAAUUAUCUUGUGACUAACUUUUUUUUUAAUUUGAUACGAUUAGUAACUGCAUGCUACAUAGACGUGUUGUCCCUCAUAGAAUAGUUGGCUUGGAUUAAAGAUAUGCUAACUAAACCAGUAUAGUAACUCCGAUGGAAAAUUAUGAAAUAUAGAAGAUUUUUCCAGCCAUUACAGUUGCCCUACGGCUAUGGGUUGUUGUUUUUUUUUCAGCCGGAAAUUUUCACCCUGACUAUUCGUGGUAAUAAUGAACGGUGUCUGGGAUCAUGAGCCUCUAUUGCAGAUAUUGCAAGCUAUCUCGCUCCAAUCCCAGAGUGAUAUAACAUGGCUUUUUAGAUGUGAUCCUUAGUGAAGCAUCAUACUGCAUAACAUUUUAAAUGACUUUAUUCAGCGCUACUACCAAGGCAUGUUAGCGAUGAUUUUUAAUAUUUUACUUAGAGAAAUAAAAGGAACUUCGAUUAUU